AUGUAUGCGUUCACUUUUCCAACCGAAUUGACAGCAGAAGAAUUAGCUUAUCAAGAAACUAUCAAAAAAUGUAGUGAAAUUGUGAGUUUAUUUAUAUUUAUUCGUAUUUUUUAUCGGUUUUCAGAAAAAUCUGUUGGCACUUGAUGAACCUACCACUCCAACUGCAGUCAGUGGUCAAAAAAGAAGCUCGAAAAGCACAGGUCAGCUCUUAUUUUUUAUUGAAUUUCAAAUAGAAUUCGUUGUUAUUCCAGAUGUUGAAAAUGAUUGGACACCAAAAAAGAGAAGCCGUUUAAUGUCUGAAAGAAAAUCAAUAGGCGAAGGAAAUUCAUAUGAUGGCGAAAUGGAAGAUGGUGAAAUCGGGGAUGAUGAUAUGGGAGAAGAAUCUGUGAAUAUUUCGACUGGAAGUAGUUCUGUUAUUGUGAGAGGAAUUGAUUUGAGCGAAGAGAAAUUGAGAAAAGCUUUCAAAGAAAAUGGCGAAUUGAAUUGUGAAAGUAUCACUGUAGAUAACAAGCAAAAGUGAGUUUUUUUCGAGUUUGUGGAAACAAGAACUAUUAGGAAUUUCUAAAAUAAUUUUCCUAUUCACAAUUAGUAGAACACACAGAGAGUUUGGGAACCUUUCGACCAAUAAUUCUAAUAUAUCUUUUUCAUUUUCCAAAAAAGGUCAAAUUCAAAUUUUCAGAACCGCCACAAUUUAUUUCUGGACUUCAUUCGAUGCUGAAAAAGCUGUUUCAAAGGUACUGUUUUUUAUCAAAUUCCCAUAAACUUUCUAUUUUUUUUCAGAUGAAUGGUUAUAUUCUGAAUGGCAUCUCAAUCAAAGUAGCCAUUGAUCGAUCUUGUGAACGAGUUAUGGUCAGCACACCAAUUACUAUCAACACAACACAGAAAAAACCGAAGGAAGAAAAAGAUAAAGCAAAAGCUGAGAAGACUGGAAGCCCUGAAAAAGCGAUAGUAUCUGAUUCGGACAAAAAAGCAGAGCAGCAAUGA